CAUGAUAGGUAGAAAAGAAUCCUGCGCUUCAGGACAGAUGCUGAUGACCGACCUAAGCUGCCUUGCCUACGUACUGGAAGAAUGGACUGUGGUGGAGUACCUGAAGAAAUACCUUUUUCAUGUGGUCAUUGUCUCACUGACAAUGAGUGCAAUAUUAGUUUUUUUUAUAGUUCCUUUAACAAUCCUCUUUUUCAUUUAUCUUACUAAUAUUUUGCUUUUAAUAUAUCAGAGGAAUGGUGAGGUAAAAGCAGAUCCCCUGAGUGAUGUUUGGGAUAGUGCAAGGAAAGCUAUAGCAAGCUUUUGGGAUAUAUAUGCAAGAAUAUGGCAUGGUUAUGAGCUUCAUGGUGUGGAAAACCUACCAGAAGGACCGGGCAUUCUUGUGUAUUACCAUGGAGCUAUUCCUAUAGACUACCUUUACUUUUUGUCUAGGCUGUUUCUCUGGAAAAAAAGACUUUGCCUGUCAGUAGCUGAUCAUUUUGUCUUUCGUUUACCAGGACUUAAAUUAUUAUUGGAAGUGACGGGCGUUAUGCCAGGUACAAGGGAAGAAUGUCUCAUUGCACUGAAGAAUGGACACUUGGUGUCCAUCUCGCCAGGUGGAGUUAGAGAAGCACUAUUCAGUGAUGAAAGUUAUCAACUCAUGUGGGGAAAUCGAAAAGGGUUUGCUCAGGUUGCUCUAGAUGCAAAAGUG